AAUGCUGGGCAAUCGAUAGCGAUAGUUCUCUAAACCUUCCUCUAGGCCAUCUCUACCAUGUCAUUUCGCUUGACAUUUCCUUUUUAAUUGAAAUCGAAAAAUGACUCCCUCCGAAAAAAAGCAAGAAAACAUGAAUGCCGAUGUGGACAUGGAUGCCGAAGUGGACAUGGAUGCCGAAGUGGACAUGGAUGUCGAGGUAGACAUGGAUGCCGAAGUGGACAUGGAUGCCGAUAUGGAGUUUCUGGAUAGCGCCAUCGAUUUAGUAUUUGAUGCGGAUCUCACUGUGGAACCGCAAGUACGAAAGCAGCUUUUGGAGCUGGUCUACGCCAGGACCCAUCGACUGCUGAUGCAAGCCCACGAAAAUAGAAACGAUAGGCACAGCGACGACAUUACGCUCGCCGACUGGGAAAAGGUGCCAAAGGUGCAGAUGAAAAAGAGGAGCAAACUACUGAGCACAGACGAGAAAAACGACAUCAUGGCAAAUCAGAAAUCCGACAUGCCCAUGCCCAGUACCACUGGACCCUGCUCCGGGCUGAUGUUGCCGCCCUGGCGACACUGCAAAAUGGGUCCCACGGCCAUCCUGAAGGCAAUGCAGGCACCACAGAAGAUUGCUACUGCUGCAAGGUCCAAUGGUGCAAGCUGCCAGGGCUAUUUCCCGGUCAAGGGCGUUCCACGUUUCCCUGCUGCAAAGGCACUACCAAUGGGUGCCUUUAACUUCCGCUAGGAAUCGAACCGCCCAUCAGACGAGAAAGGAUCCUAUUUCUUAGACUUACAGCAACAGAAACAUUAUGAAUCAAUCAAAUGGGAUUACAUUUCAUCUUUGUUUAAUGGAAAUAAACAGAAAUUACAUUUGAACUAUCGUUUAAAUCA